UUUCUUUUCAUAAAUCCUUUAAGGUGCAGAGGAGUUGUCACAGACAUUGCCAUGAAACCCAAUCUGAAACAGUGGAAACAAAUAAUGCUGUUUGGAAUAUUUGCCUGGGGCCUCCUGUUCCUAUUUAUCUUCAUAUAUUUCACAGAUAGCAACAUCACUGAUGCAGUUCCUAGUUCCUUCUCUUAUGCUGAAGCCAAAAGACUCUUGCCCAUUCAAGGCAAGCAGAGGGUUAUCAUGGGAGCAAUACAUGACACAGCCUUCUCCGAAACAGUAAAUGAGAUGCUCCUCAACAAAGAUGUCUUAGACUCAUUGAAAUCAGAGACUGGGAAUAUUAAAAAGUGGACUGGCUUAGAUGAUAGUUUUGAAAGUGAAGAAUUUUUUCCUUCUCAGUUAAGAAGAAAAUCCAAAAGCAAUUUUCAUCAGAGGAACAGUGAUUAUUUAUUUGCUGCUGGUCAACCUCAGUCACCAAGUAAUGUUCAGCAAGAGGUGAAAUUAAACUCUGCACGGGGGGAGGAUCAGAAGAGGAAUGUUUUGCAGAAUAAUUGGUUCCCUCAAAAGAAGAUAAAGAAAACACACAUAAAUCACAGAAGAAGAGAAUUAUUUGAAGAGUCCCAUGAAUGGAAUGAAAUCUAUUCUACAAUGUCAAAAUCGUUCCUGUUCAGGCUUUGGAGGGGGGAUGUCUCCUCCAAGAUGCUGAACCCUCGCCUUCAGAAAGCAAUGAAAGAUUACUUGAGUGCCAAUAAGCACGGGGUUCAGUUCAGAGGGAAGCAAAACUCCCAACUGACUUCAGAACAGCUCUUCUGUAAGCUCAAGGCACGUGUAAACAUCAGAACCAUUGAUGGCGAGGAAGCUCCCUUUUCACUUCUUGGUUGGAAAAAACACGUCCCUCAAACUUCACUGAGUAAACUAUAUCCUCAUGGAUUUGGAAGCUGUGCUGUCGUUAUGUCUGCUGGUGCCAUACUGAACUCUUCUCUGGGGCAUGAAAUAGAUUCUCAUGAUGCAGUUCUACGAUUCAAUUCUGCUCCAACAAAGGGUUAUGAAAAAGAUGUUGGAAAUAAAACUACUAUGCGCAUCAUUAAUUCCCAGAUUCUUACUAAUCCUAACUAUCAUUUCGUCGAUAACUCCUUAUAUAAAGAUGUUAUUUUAGUGGCUUGGGAUCCUGCUCCCUAUUCUGCAAAUCUGGAUAUGUGGUAUAAGAAUCCAGACUACAACUUGUUUACUCCAUACGUACAGCAUCGCAGUAAGAAUCCAAACCAACCAUUCUACAUUCUUCAUCCAAAAUUUAUAUGGCAGCUCUGGGAUAUUAUUCAAGAGAAUACUAAAGAGAAGAUACAACCCAAUCCUCCUUCUUCAGGUUUCAUUGGGAUUUUCAUCAUGAUGUCCAUGUGCAGUGAAGUGCAUGUGUACGAAUACAUUCCAUCCAUCCGACAAACUGAUCUUUGCCACUAUCAUGAAUUCUACCAUGAUGCAGCCUGUACCUUGGGGGCUUAUCAUCCAUUGCUUUAUGAGAAACUGCUGGUGCAGAGGAUGAACAAAGGCAUCAAGGAGGAUUUGUAUCAGAAGGGGAAAGUGAUUUUGCCAGGAUUUAGGUCGGUGAGAUGUCGACGACGAUUCCGACUCCCAUAAGAAUGAUAUCUUUCUCAAACAAUGUGCAAUAAGGUGCUAUAGUCAUACUGAUAAAUAGCAGAAAUACUUGAAAAAUGGAUCCUAGACCAACCAAGUCUUGAGUCUACAGUGAGUAAUUAAGUAGCAGGUAUGAGGGAAAUUCUUGUUUCUAAGGCCUCAUUAUUUCUUUGCAAGGUUUGUUAAGAUGUAGCCUUUUGAGAACUGCAAAAUACAGUGAAGACAAACUUGAGUAUUUGUAUGUGGCCUGCCAGAAAACAUCAAACAUUUCUACCACUUGUCAGAUUAAGGCCUUUCAGAUGAAGCAUUUUAUUAAUUUCACGUGAUCCAAUAAAACAGUUCUUAGCACAAAAUAAAAAGGAACAUUAGAGAAAAGUUCAUAGCCUAAGAUUUCUGUCCUUUCCCUCUUAUAAGAAAUUAAAAAAUAACUACUAGGUGUGUACUGAAUACAAUGAGCCAUAUUCUUUUCAUUUAGGAACACUUUAUUUCAAUUCUUCUAGUGAUAGAACUUGGCAUCCUCAGCUUAAAAGUGUUUGGGGCUAGUCUGUUUUAAAAUGCAUUAAGACCGUUUGUAUUUGAUUAAAUACAUAGAUAGAUUUUAUGUAUAGCAAAGGCCGAUGAGAGAGAAACUAUCUAUUGUCUCAGAAAACAGCAUACUAAAAUUUGUCCUGAUGCAUUAUCCUGAUUCUGGCACCAGAAGAAAAAUAUUUGCUGGCCUGCCAUGCUGAGCCAGAUACUCACAAAGCUCACUCUGGUCUUUGCUCCUGCAUUUUGUCUGAAAACCCCAGUGGGCAGUCGCAAAACUGCGAAGUUUCAUAAUGCCACUGAUGCAUAGAUCAAACUUUAAUUGUUAAAA